GGGGAGCAGUGUGCUCGUGAUGUUGUUACACACAGAAGGGCGUGUGAGUGCUUGUGCUAAAAAUUAAGUGCAAAGUGGUAAAAAAGAGUUUAAAAUCAACAAAAUCGAUAUUGAGAUGUGAAGAGUUGGACCACCAAAAGUGCCUUUAAGUGUUCACGAGAUCGCAUACGACACGAAAACGAUAACGAAAAGAAAGUGACGUCGCAUACAAAGAACUACAGUCAAACAGUUGAAGUUAGCUGACAUAUGUACAACAAUGGCGACUCUGUCGCUGAAAAUCUCGAUAGAGGAUGGUAAAGUGGUGAAGACCAUCCAAUUCGAUCCGAGCAGCUCUGUAUACGAUGCCUGUAGGAUCAUCAGGGAGAAGAUUCUGGAGGCCAACAUUAAUGAUGCAAAAGAAUAUGGACUGUUCCUCGCAUCUGAAGAAGAUAAUAAGAAGGGAAUUUGGUUGGAGUCAUCUCGGAGUCUGGACUAUUAUAUGUUGAGGAAUGGGGAUAUGUUAGAGUAUAAUAAGAAGACGAGGAAUCUUCGGGUUCGAAUGUUGGAUGGUACAGUCAAGACUCUGCUGGUGGAUGAUAGUCAAGUGGUUGCCAAUUUGAUGGUGGUCAUCUGUACCAAGAUUGGUAUCACCAACUAUGAUGAAUAUGGAUUGGUCCGAGAAGAGCAGAAGGAAGAGGCAGACCCAUGUGAGAAGCCCAACUAUGGGACUCUCACACUUCGCAGGAGACAUCACGAGAAAGAGAGGGAUGCGAAGAUGGAACAGCUCAGGAAGAAGUUGAGGACUGAUGAUGAGGUUAACUGGGUGGAACCGUCGAAGACAUUACGCGAACAGGGCAUCGAUGUGACGGAGACUCUUCUUCUACGUCGGAAACUUUUCUUUUCUGAUCGGAAUGUGGACUCUCGUGAUCCGGUUCAACUGAAUCUUUUAUAUGUUCAGGCGAGGGACGCUAUCUUGGAUGGGACACACCCUAUAACACAAGAUAAAGCGUGCGAGUUUGCAGGCUUACAAUGCCAGAUACAGUUCGGUGAUCACAAGGAAGACAAACACACGACUGGGUUUUUGGAUUUAAAGGAAUUCCUGCCGGCUUCGUACGUGAAGGUCAAAGGGAUCGAAAAGAAGGUCUUCAAAGAGCAUAAAAAGCAUAUAAAUCUGAGCGAGUUGGAUGCGAAAGUACUCUACACGAAGAGCGCCAGGGACCUGCCCACUUACGGCGUGGCUUUCUUCUUAGUCAAGGAGAAAAUGAAAGGAAAGAACAAGUUGGUGCCUCGACUGCUCGGUGUGACCAAGGACUCCGUUCUACGUCUGGAUGAGAAGACCAAAGAGAUCCUUCAGACCUGGCCUCUGACCACUGUACGGCGGUGGUGCGCCAGUCCCAACACGUUCACGCUGGACUUUGGAGAUUACAGUGAUCAAUACUACUCGGUCCAAACGACGGAGGCCGAGCAGAUCUUGCAGGUGAUCGCGGGAUACAUUGACAUAAUAGUCCGCAAACGGAGGGCGAAGGACCAUCUCGGGAUCGAGGGGGAUGAGGGUUCGGCCAUGUUGGAGGACUCGGUUUCGCCUUCCAAGGCAAACAUAAUACAGCACGACACAUUCAAGUCGGGCAAAGUCAAUACGGAGUCUGUCGCGAAACCAGCUGUGCUGAGACCUGGAGCUGAAGGGGCCAAGCCGUUCGCAGUGGGCCACAUGACGGGGGCCCAACAGACGACCAUCUCGGGGCAGGCCAUUACGGGACACACCCCACCCGCUGCGUCUCAAGUACAACAGACCAGAAUUACAUCGAUUUUGAGCGAGCCGCAGCGUGCGUUGCUGUCCACAAUCACUUCGGGAAGAGAGGUCAUUAAACAGACAGAAGAAAGGUUGACCAGGGCGGCACUGCCAGCCCUCGGAUCGGACGCGGGUUCGAUUCGUUGGAAAACAUCCACACUGGACAGUAGCAAGCAAGUGGUGACGUCACACAUCGCGGCCAUGAAUGCUGCGACUGCGCAAGUCGUUACCUUGACGGCUGGACCUACAGAGGAAGUGGACCAUACGGCCGUCGGAGCAGCUAUCACAACUAUCACAACCAACUUACCCGAGAUGACGAAGGGUGUCCAAAUGAUUGCUGCGCUGAUGGAAGACGACAAUGGUGACAGUCUUCUGGACGCGACGAGGAAAUUGUGCAGCGCCUUCACUGAUCUGCUGAGAGCUGCGGAGCCGGAAACUAAAGAGCCGCGUCAGAACCUACUAAACGCAGCGUCUCGUGUCGGUGAAGCUUCGACGAGCGUUCUUCACACAAUCGGCGAAGAAACGCCCCAAGACAAGGAAACCCAGGACAUACUUCUAUCCCUUGCGAAGGCUGUAGCGAAUACAACAGCCGCCUUAGUACUAAAGGCCAAGAACGUGGCUGCACAAUGCAGGGAUGAACAGCCUCUGCAGAAUACGAUCAUCGCGGCCGCUACUCACUGCGCCUUGGCGACCAGUCAACUCGUCGCCUGUGCUAAGGUUGUCGCCCCGACCCUCCACAAUCCAGCGUGCAGGGAACAGCUGACGAGCGCAGCCCGACUGGUUGCACAAGCGGUCGAGCGAUUGGUCGGAGCGUGCCAACACGCGCCGGAAAGUGCCGGGCCGGGAGUGGAGCACCUGACUCUCGCAGCCCAGAGGGUUACAGAGGAGCUGGAACGACUGUUGGCGCAUUGUGAUCUUGAUCGUCGUGGUCAAGCAACAGUGAUAGAGCAAUCCGUGGAAAGUGUUCUAACAGCGAGCGAAAGGCUUGGAUCAGCUGGAGAACCGGCAGAGAUGCUGCGAAGAGCUAGAGUAUUGGGACAGGCUACAGCUCGGCUUAUCGCUGAUAUUAAGACCGAAGCGGAGAAACAGCCUUCGGAGAGUCAAGGCAAGCUGCUGGCUGCUGCUAAGCUCUUGGCAGAUGCCACAGCGAGGAUGGUGGAAGCAGCCAGGCAAUGCGCUUCAGAACCGCAGGAUCGCGACAAGCAAGAGGCUCUACUCCGUGCGGCUGAAGAGUUGAGGUUCAUCACGGCUGAUUACGCGCAGGGGCAGGACAUAGUCAGCUCACAAGUCGCGAGAUUAUAUGAAAGCGCCAGACAAGCCGCCUCCAGCGCCAACCAGCUCGUCGCGUCGGCCCACAACGCGACGCAAUACAACACCAACAAGUAUUCACAGGAGGCUCUUCUCUCGGAAUGCUCCAUCCUCAGUUCCCAUAUUCCGAGAUUGUCGGAAGCGGGGAGCGUCUUCAGCGCCAGACCCCACAACCCAGCAGCGCAUUUGGACUUGGUCACGGCCUCGGAGACUUUCUUACAGCCAAGUGGUCACGUGGCCCAAGCAUCUCGUGCCGUCCUGCCCACAGUGAGCGAGCCGGCCGCUAACAAGCAGUUGGCUGACACUACGAACCAAUUCACGGCCAGCUGUGCGGAUCUUAGGUCAGCCGUGAGUCGGGCCCGUGCCUCGUGCCGUGGGCUGGAGCUGGAUGCCGCAGCGGAGAUUUUGAGAGAUCUCAAGGAGGAGUUGGACGAGAUGGAGAGGGCCUGUGCCGCGUUCCAGCUCGCCCCCUUGCCCCAGCAGACUGUGGAAUGGGCGUACUCCAACCUGCAAUCAUCCGGUCGCUCAGCGGCAUCGGCCAGCGCGGCUCUGAGCGCCGGGGCCAAGCGCCAGGACUCCGCCGGCUGCGGCAGAGCUGCGUUGGACCUGGCCUCGUCUCUGAGGCACUUCGCGCCGCCCCUCAGAGCCGCUAUCGCGCACGCGCAUAAGGAACAACAACCCAGAGUUCUAGCGUCCGGUCGUCAAGUUGUGACCUCGUCUCUUACUCUUGUCGAAAAUGUGAAACGCUUCUUGAACAGCUCCGAAGAAGUGGAUUGUGCCAAUGUCGUCAAUAUGGCGAAGAAUGUCUCCCAGAGCGUCGAACUCACUCUAGAGUCUGUUCCGAGUCACGCAGAACUGGACUCGGCGAUGGAGGACAUCAAUCAGACGCUGCAUAUUCUUGACAUGGACGACCUGCCACGGACGGACAAGAGUUACAGCGAACUCCAAACGGAGUUGAACGCGGCGGCUGUGGGCCUCAGUACUGCAUCAUCGGACGUGGUCUCCUCCGUGGAACAGGGCACGCUGAGCGCCAGCGGAAGACACUUCGGGGAUGCCUUCAAUCGCCUCAUGGGAGUGUCUCUGGAGCUGGCCGGCCAGACCGAGGCUCGGGAAUCUCGCACUGAAAUGAUUCGUUCAAUGAAGACGGUGACCGUGAACUCUUCGAAGCUCCUCGGAACUGCGAAGUCUGUGAGUCAGGACCUCACUCGUCCAAACGCGAAGAACCAGUUGGCGGCGGCCGCUCGUGCCGUUACAGAGAGCAUCAAUAAUUUGGUGGACGUGUGCACGGAGGCGGCCCCGGGUCAGAAGGAGUGUUCGGCUGCGAUCAGAAGCAUCCAGAGCACCAGGACCCUGCUGUCGCAGCCUUCGCAGCCGAUCAACGACAUGGGCUACUUUGCCUGCUUGGACGCCGUGGUCGAGCAGAGCAAGGCGUUGAGUGAAGGCAUGUCGGGGAUGGCGAGCUCCAUCAAAAAAAGCGACACGACACAGUUCUCUCGAAGCGUAUCCGCUGCCGGUUUAGCCGUUCAGACGUUGGUCGAAUGUACCGCGCAGUCUGCGUAUUUGACCGCGGUGUCCGACGAGACGUCGGUAGCCGGUCGCGCCGGUCUGGUGGAUCAGGCGCAGUUCGCUCGGGCGGCCGCUGCCAUCGAACGGGCGUGUGCCACCCUCAGCGAUCCGAGGACUGAUCAGCAUCAGGUGCUGUCGGCCGCCACGGUGAUAGCGAAGCACACGAGCGCCCUCUGCAACGCGUGUCGCGUGGCCUCCGGCCGUUCGGCCGAACCGCAGAGCAAGAGGCACUUUGUGCAAGCGGCGAAGGACGUCGCCAAUUGCACUGCGGCUCUCGUGAAGGAGAUCAAGGCUUUGGAUUUGGAUUAUAGCGAGGCGAAUCGGGAAAGGUGCGCCCAAGCGACGAGUCCGUUGCAAGAGGCCGUGCGCAGCCUCUGUCAGUUCGCGGACAGUCCGGAGUUCGCAGCCGUUCCCGCCAGGAUCUCGCCUCAGGCCAGACUCAGCCAAGAGGCUAUUUUGGAUUGUGGCAGGAGCAUAAUCUCUGGAUCCUGCUCCAUGCUGGAAGCAGCCAGAGUGUUGGUGCUGGCACCCUCGGACCGACCCCAAUGGCAGGCCUUGGCCACUCACAGCAAAACUGUCUCAGAUAGCAUCAAACUUUUGGUCACCAAUAUUCGUGAAAAGGCACCUGGGCAACGUGAAUGCGCACGCGCAUUGGAUACGCUGAACUCGCAACAGCGGGAACUGGACCAGGUUGCGAUACAGGCUGUUGGACAAGAGUUGAGGUCCAGGCAGGCUAAUACUCUGCAAGGCUACUGUGAACAAGUGGAGAACAGUGCAGCGGAGAUGCUGGAGAAGUUGGAACCGGUGAAGAUCGCAGCAACUUCUGAAGCGGAGAAUUUGGGGCACAGCGUCUUGCAAAUGGUAUCAUACGCCGAACCGCUUGUCUCCGCUGCUAGCGGGGCCGCGUCGAAUCUCACUGAAUCGGCCUCACAAUCCGGACUGUUACAACACACCAGGACGGUGUUGGAGACUCUGUCUCUGCUCGUUCACGCCGCUAAGCAGAGUGGAGGGAAUCCUAGGGCGACAUCGGCUCAUAGCGAAGUCGAAGCGCAAUGCUCGCUUGCCCGGGCUGCUCUUAACGAGUUGAGUGGCCAAGUGAGGGAGUUGAGCACCCAAAGAGGUGCCGUUGGACCUCUGUUGGACUCUGUCGCACGGGCCGUGGCUAGGCUCACUGAGCAUAGAAUGUCCCUCAUCGGUAGCUAUGACGAGACGGAAUCAUUCGUGGAUUACCAAACAAGAAUGGUUGCAGCCGCUAAGGAGAUUGCCAGACUGGCUUCCGACAUGACGGCCAAGGCUGCCACAGAACCGGCUCGUUUAGUCGAACUCGGGAAUGAGAUGUGUCAGAAGUAUGAGAAGUUGGCGUCGGACAGUGUUGGGGCGUCGGCGACCACGCCCAACGCGGACGUGGCCAAUCGUAUUCGCGUGUGUGCCGUGGAAGUCGGUGAAGGUGUCUCCGAGCUGGUGAGGGCCGGUGGCCACUGUCGUCUAGCCGCCAUUUCCCAAAACCAACGGUCCGUCGCUGAUAACGCGAGAAAGUUGAAUGAGAAGGUGGUCUCGCUGUUGAGCGCCCUUCAAGCGGGCUCCCGCGGCACUCAGGCCUGCAUCGACGCCGCGGCCACCAUCGCCACCAUCAUUGGCGAUUUGGACACCACCAUUUUGUUUGCCAGCGCUGGCACACUUCAGUCAGAGAAGGAAGGCGAUACAUUCUCAAACCAUCGGGAGAAUAUUCUGAAGACCGCGAAGACCCUGGUGGAAGAUACCAAGAGCCUGGUGGGUGGGGCCGGUGGAACACAGGAGCAGUUAGCUGCAGCUGCCCAGAGCGCUGUUGGGACUAUAAUGCAACUUUGCGAAGUGGUGAAGCAAGGGGCCAUGUCUCUCGGGGGCGGAAGUGCGGAGCCCCAAGUGCUGGUCCUCCACGCUGCCAGAGACGCUGCAGCCGCGCUGCGGGAUCUGGCUGCCGCGACCGCUGCAGCCAGUGGCAAACACGUGCAGCAUCCAGACAUGGACCGCUUGAAGCACGCCGCCAAGCGCCUCUCAGACCCGAAGCGUUGGAGCCUCCCGAUCAAAACCAACACAAUCCCAAAAGCAAAGAGACGUUCCCUUAUAAAAGACUACAAUUCGUGCGAUUCUGAAACUGAUAUCUUCCAAUCUGAUCAGGAGGAUGAGCUGAUCAAGCUCUUGGACUAUUCCAGUCAAGAUGACGAUAUCUCACCCAGCAUUUUCCACGAUAGUUGCGAAGAACUAAUCACUUAUAUAGAGGAUUUAAUGACCCAGCCCAUUUCCAGAGAAAUAAAUGACGAUGUCAAUGCUAGAUACAAUAUAGCAGCCAAAAAUAGUCUAUUCGACAUGGACUGGAGGGUGCUUAAAUACGGGGAGGGUAUUUUCUUAGCAGAACUACGAAAAUUUAUCGAUGUAUGCGUAGAUGUUGCUAAAAAAGCUGAUAAUAGAAGGAAACGUAAUGCGAGGCAAUUCAAAGUUGUUUCAUCAGAUUUGGACAGUGAGAUGAAACGUCUGUCCCAAGUGGUCGAAGAUUUAGAUUGGCAAGACACUGUUAAUACAAAUUUGUCAAUAAAAAUAACCAAAAUUGAUAAACCAAAUUUAAAGAGUCCGGUUUUUAAACUCAAAAAAGUAAAACCAGUCAAUUUAGUCGUUAACACGGAAAAUAAAGAUGUUACAUCUAUAGAACCGUCGCAGAAUAGUCCUAAAACACCUGAAAGUGGACUUAAUACAAUUAAUAAGAAACAAUUUUGGAAUAUGUUCAAAGAUGAUACAGAAUGUUGGAAGGCGUUAGCGCAAAGAAAUUUAGAAAGAAUGGAAGAAACGAGACUGGAAUUGGAGAGAUUUAGUGGACACGAACUCGUUUUAGGUGAAAUAAAAACAGAAAUUGAUAAAUACGAGAAAGAGAAACAUACUCUGCGUAGUUUUAUCGAAGAAGUUGAUCUAUCAAAGACGAUUAAUAAAGAUUUAGAAUAUAACAAAAAGUAUGAAGAUAUAGUUUUAAAAUUAAUCGAUUUUGCCAAACGAGACUUCAAUUACAAAGGAUUUGAUCCACUGAUUUCGAAACUAAAGGCGUUAUCAAAUAUAGAAAUAGAAAGAAAGCAAAAAGACUUGGAUAUCUACACAAAGAUAGAUAUAUCAAAGUCUACAUAUGAAGAAUUGUGUCUACUAGAGAGAUACUAUAACAAGAUUAUCAGAACAUAUAUUCCCAACGUAACAAAUGAAGGUCGAAAUAACAAAAACAUCGAAAUAUAUGACAUAACACGAACGUACCCAAAACAGUACUAUGCCAACAAUUGGUGGACGAUAUAUGAAGAUGUGAUAAAAAAUCGGGAAAAACAAUUCGGCAGUUUGGAUGGCUGGUGGGAUUUCUACGAGUCCAUGAUGAAUAGGAAAGAUAUGAAAGUGAUAGUCAAGGAACGCCAAAGGCCGAAGAGUCGUAUGGAGGAACAGCUAAAAAUUCUUGAUGAAGUGGAUAAUACGAGGUUUCGGGAGACGGAAGCGGUUGAGAACAGUGGCAAUGAAUCGGUUAUGGUGACAAAUGUGACGUCACUGCUGAAGACUGUUAAAGCUGUUGAAGAUGAACAUACAAGAGGCACAAGAGCCCUGGAAUCCACGAUUGAGGCUAUAUCACAGGAAAUCGAGGUCCUAAUGUCCCCAUCGCCCCCCAAAAGCACGGGAUCACCUGAAGAGCUGGUCCGUUGCACUCGGCUGAUGACAGCUGCGACGGCCAGAGCUGUGGCGGCUGGUGGCAUCGCUGGAGCAACGGGGCAAGAGCAGUUGACUGCGGCCGCUAAUCUGGGACGGAAGACUGUUCUGGAUAUGAUGGCUGCUGCAAAGAGCGCAGCCCAUUCAGCAGAAAGUGAAGAGCUGAAACAGCGUACCUUAGAAGCGACUCGAGUCGCAGCAGAGUCCUAUCGAUCUCUGCUUAGCGCUUUGCUAUCUGCGCCCGCGUCGCGUCACGCAUUGCCGGAGUUAUCUCGGAACGUUGCCCAUGCAGUCGCCGAUAUGCUGGCGGCCGCUGAUUUGCUUAAAGGUUCAGACUGGGUGGAUCCAGCUGAUCCAACAGUCAUAGCGGAACAGGAGCUGCUGGGCGCCGCUGCCUCCAUCGAUGCCGCAGCGAGAAAGCUGGAGAAGCUUAGGCCUAGAAUGCAGCAGGCUCAGGAGACUGAUGAAAACCUCAACUUUGACGAGAUGAUCCUGGAAGCUGCAAAAUCUAUUAUAGCAGCAACAUCGGCUCUCGUCAGAGCGGCAUCAGCAGCUCAGAGAGAGCUCAUCGAUCAGGGAAAAGUCGCUCGACGCCCGACGUCGUCGUCGGACGACGGGCAGUGGUCCGAGGGACUCGUGUCCGCCGCGCGAUUGGUAGCAGCCGCUGCGCACGCGCUCGUCGAAGCAGCGAACGCGCUCGUACAGGGUGCUGCGUCCGAGGAGAGGUUGAUUUCGAGCGCGCGACAGGUGGCCUCUUCGACGGCCCAACUCUUAGUCGCUUGUAAGGUAAAGGCCGAUCCCACAUCGGAAUCCACUCGACGCCUGCAAGCAGCGGGCGCGGAGGUCAUCCGGUCUACGGAUGGCUUGGUGCGAGCGGCCAGAGACGCUAUCCAUUGCGACGACGAACGGAGUCUGGUGCUCAACAGAAGAAUGGUGGGGGGCAUCGCUCAAGAGAUCGAUGCUAGAUCCGAAGUCCUUCGCAUAGAGAAGGAGCUGGAGGAGGCCCGCGGACGUCUCACGGCGAUAAGACAGGCGAAGUACAAACUGCGUGGAGACACGUCCGGGGACGACACGGACACGGACGGACAAGACGUGCAACAUAGAUUCAAAUCGCCGACCAGUAGUUUCGCGAACACCACUUACAGUCCAAACAGCACAUACACAACGCAGAACACCACACAGAAUCUAACACAGAACACAAGUGUGACACACAAUACGACACACAACCUUUCGCCCGUAUACUCGCCCGGGUAUAACGGGUUCAAGGACAAGGGCGACAAGAGUCCGUCCUUUUCGAGUUUUCGUCCGGACGAAACUCCGAAGCAGAAUUAUGAGGGAUUUACAACUCGGAUCAGCAUGACAACAAAAAAGGCCGAGGUCCGAAAUUUGAUUGAUGGGGAGCGAAUAACGUACAGACGGGAAAGGCCGACGCCGCCACCGCGAAGGGUCUCUCUAAAUUACGAGACACGCCUAUACGACACGCCACGCCCUGUCAACGAAUACUAUGACAAAAAAGAGAGGGUCGAAAAUUACAAAACUGAAAAUCAAUAUUAUAAAGAAGAAAAGUACGGUUACGACACACCCAAAGCCCCAAUGAGUCCCAAAUUUAACGCACGCGAACUCAGAGACGAUAACGAACCAAUAUACUCAACAUUACGUAAAUCACCGUUGGAUGGUAUCGGUGAAACGUUCAGCGAACACCAGAAGUCCACUGAGGCUAUCCCCGGUGGCACUAAACACUCGGAAUACUCAAUCAAAAGCGAGUCCUAUCAGAGCUACCCCAAAACAGAAUACAUCAAAUCAUUUGCCACAUCGACACCGACCAAAUUCGACUUCAAACCCCUUGACGCCAAACAGGGCGACGUCGGGAAGAACUUUCUAGAAGAAACGACCACAGAGGUCAAAGAAAUCCCAAAUGGUACACAGAAGAUUACAACAACGAAGAUCUACAGCUCGUCACCGGUUAACCUCACAAGCACGAACACAAAGUACGAACCGAUCAAGCUGGACGGUAUAGACGAAUUGUCGAAAUUUGAAGAUUCUCGAUACAGUACACUCGAUUCACGAUACAAUGAAUCGAAGAGCGAUUCGAGUCGAUUCCUGCGGCCGUCGGAGUUCAGAGCAGAUGUUAAAAGGGAAAUGCUGAAGGAGAUUGAUGGAAUGGAUAAGAAAUUCUCGAAACAAACCAUCACAUCCGAGAUGGUUGAGCGGAAAUCUGUAAUGACUAGCUCGCACAAGACAGAGUCCAGCUCCACAGUUACGAAGAAGUUUGGGAACUUUUAAAAGGUAUUUCUGGUGCUCGGCUAAGAAUAGCAAUGUUACUGCUGUACGAAUUUUUGGUGCUUUUUUUUAAACACUAAAAUUUCGUUCAUUAUUCUAAUUUUUUUUAUUUGUCACUGACCUAUUCUUACUUGUAGUACAGACGUCAAAAAUUUGAUAACAUGUGCCUUGUGUGUGUCUUGUUAUUAUGCCAAAAAUGAACAGCUGAUUUUGUAGUUGCUUGGAAUGAUUAGACAGACAUGUCCGCUAUACGGCUAUUAGAUAUAUGUUAAAACAUAUUUAAGUAUAUAUAUUUGCAGCAGUAUAGCGGACAUAUUAGAUUUUAAGCAUGUGAGCGGUGCUAGAUUAGAUUAUGUAGAUCACAAAGUGCCAGCACUAAACGUGUCCUUAAAAUGCCUUAAAUACAGGUUGAUUCAAAAUGUACACAGUCCCCAAUUGGGGCAUGGUCACUUAUAUAAACCUUUCAAAUUGUAAUACAAAAUUGAAUUGAACUCUCUUAAACUAUUAAGUAUUUGAUUUUUCCAUUUGGCAUUUACAGAAUAUUACCAAUACAGCUACAGACACACUUAGAAUAUUGAAAAAUUAUAUGUUCAGACUGAAAGCUGAACAUAUAAUUUAAUAGUAUAUUAAUAAAACCGAUAUCUGUGUUACAGACCGACCAGAAAUCUUUGUUACAGACGCAUUUAUAAAAUGUAGGUAUAAAUGUCCACGCCCCAUCUGGGGACAUGUCGUCAAGUUGGAAAUCACCUGUAUUAAAUGCCAUUGCAUAUAGUGCCUUUAUUUUAUACAGUAUUUAUAUACAGCUAAUAUACAAUAUAUAUAACAUUUAUGUUUUUAAAGCAUAUGGAGUGCCAUAAUGUAUAAUAAUAAAGGGUAUUUUUAUGGUGCAACUAAACUCUUAACAAAAAAUAAAUACUAAAUUAUUAAUGUUUUAAUAUGUAUAAUAUAUUGUGAAAUUUCAAAUGGACCGUGUCAUGUUGACUGUUGACAGUGUCAUGCAAUCGACAAUGGAUGGCGCUCAUAUACUACUGUUGUGAAACGUCAUCAUUGUUUUAUUUCAGGUUAAACUAAAAUCUAGGUUCUUAAAUUACAACGAAUUUUGUGUUUAUUAUGAUAUCAGAACCAUCUGAGAUUACUAUUGCCACCAGCUAUUUGGAUUGAUUUAAAGUAAUUUUUACAAGCAUUUUGAUACAUUAGCAUUGUUACUUUUUAGCGUGGUUGGGUGAUCGACGAACGAAGUCUCGAGAACUUGAUAUUUUUAGCAGCUAUUUUUUGUGAACAGCCUGUUGAUUAGAGCGGCUUUUAAAUAUUAAGAUGCCCACGUGAGCACGUCCACUCCAAGGUAUUAACACCAAUUAGAUAUAUUUUAUAUAAAUACAGUGGUAAUUGUAAUUAAGAUCCACUCUGUAUAAGAUUAAUAUAAUGUUGACAGCUAAUACUAAAUGUCUAUUUAAUAGUUAUUAAGAUAUUAGUGACUUACAAAUUUGUUUUAAAUUAAUCGUCUAACAGUUAUUUUACGACCUCUAUUGAUAAGAUUGUGUAAUACAACAUGAAUUUUAUAUUCCCUUGAUUGGAUUAUUUAGUUAAACAUGUUCAUUAAACUUUGACAAUUUGCUAGUUCAACAGUCGUUGCCUUUGACAGUUGACGCGAUUCGCAUUACAAGGGAAUAAUGAAUUCAUUAUAGAUCGAAGUAAUGGCUUGUUCGACUAAUUUAUAAAUGUACGAAGCUUUUAUUGUAAUUAAUUAAGAUUAAUCUCAUAAUAUUAAGCCAAAUGAUUUUAUAUAGUGAUACGUGUUAUUUUUAUUAAAUUUUAUUUUAUUCACAUGUAUUUAACAUUUAAUAAAUUGUGUAACUCA